AAACACUUAUCUCAUAGUUUGAACAAGGGUUGAGUUGGUUCUACGGGUUGUGUAGCCCAAAACCCACACUCAACCUAAAAGAUGCGAGUUGUACAAAAGAAUACCCUUAUCCAAUUUUAAACUUUAAUGUUAGAGGUAAAUACUAAAUAGGAGUGAGAUGGAUCGGAUUGGACGGAUGAGCCGAUUUGCAGGUAUUUUUGCUCAUGCUAGGUUCUUAAAUCUUCAGCAACCAAUUUAGGGGUCGUUUGAAAGUUGUGAUUUCAAAUAGUGUAUUGAGCUAAUUCAUGUAUUUGUGAGAUUAAGUCGUUUUUGGCUUAUAUUGAACUAGAAUACAAGUAUUUACUUUUUGGAGGCCCCACCACAAUCACUCAAAAUUGAGAGAUUAUCAAUCUCUACUUUUUGUUGAGAUUCUCCACAAUCACUCAAAAUUAACUUUUGUAGCGUUGUAGCAAAAACACAAUCUAAAUCUCCAAACAAGAUAUUUGGCUAAUACAUCAAUUGAUUCAAUACAUCAAAUGAUAAUAUGUCUCAAUACAUCAAUUUGAAGAAUCACAACUUCCAAACAACCCUUCUCUCAUAGACAAUGUUGACCUAGUACGGAUUACAUAUCAGGAGUCCAACCUUAAUCAGUAACCGAGUUUACAUCUCUCAAUGUGAAAACAUGCUCCUCUGUCUGUUGUUCUUAGGGGUGUUCAAACGGUUUGGUUACCGUGGUAACCGUUUUAACUGGUACUAUUUGGAUAAUUUGGUUUGGUUAAUUUGGAUAAUUGGUUUGGUUUGGUUAAAGUUUUUAGCUUGUUUGGUUUAGGUGGUUUGGUUUGGUUUCAGACACUCUUAAUCAGUCAAACCAAAUUAACCAGUUAAGUAAUUAGUCAUAUAUCUAACAUAUAUUAUAUACACAUACUUAAUACUUUGCAUAACCACUCAAGAGUUAACGUUCAUCUCUAUUAGACUCAUAAAAUAUAAAGGUCAAUAUUGCUCAUAUAGUGUAUAUUUGUAUACGUAAAGUGUAGACCACAACAUAUGGACGCCUAAUUUAGAUAAAUUCAUACAUUAUGAUGGAUGAAACUUGAAAGGAAUGUCAUUUCCAGCCUAUGAUAAUUGCUAAGAGACUAAUUAAGGGGUCGUUUGGAUGGAUCAAUUGUAAAACGAGACAAUUUGACCAAUUGUUUCAUUUUACAAAACGAGUCAUUUAAAACGAGUCAAUUCAGAUUACCUGCCCCCACCCCAAACAAUUGUAAUUGGCUCAAAAUGAGUCAAUUCAGAAUUCCCCAGUCCAAAUUGCUUCAUCCAAAUUUUCUGCUGCCAAACGGAUCAAUGUAGCACAAUUGACUCAAAACGAGACAAUUGUGUCAGAUUGAUCCAUUAGAAUUCCUCAUCCAAACGACCCCUUAAGUCAAUUUACACAAACACAACAAUUCAUUAACCCAUACCAUUGUCAUAAUUUUUUUGUUAGGUGAAUACUUCCAUACUAAUCGUAAGAUAAUUGUAUUAGUUGCAUGUAUUUUUGUUAAGGGUCAACUAUAACUAGGUGUUGAUUGUUAUGUUUUAUUCAUUAUAUAAAUUGCGAAUUGUUGCAUUACCGGAAAAUUUUCAUCGUCAAUGAUAAUGUGAUUUUAUAUUGGUUAAUCUGGUUAACCAAUUAACCAAACCAAUUAAACUUUAGUUUGAUUAAUUUGAUUGUUGUAUUAGUUUGAACGGUUUGGUUAUGAUAUUGUAUUCCAUAGUUAUUGGAAUUUAGCCUUAUUUUGUUUGGUUAUAAACUUAUAAUCAUGGUAACCAUUUUAACACCCCUAGUCGUUAUUAUCUGCAAAGAAAGUAAGUAAUUAGAAUAUGCAGAAGAAGAACAACACACGGAUGCUUCACCCGAUUCGACUUUCCCGCCUUAAUUAAACUCCACGCCGCAGCUCGGCUGCCGCAUCCGGAUGUUCCGAUCCCACAGUUCAUCACAUUGUGAAGUUAUGAACAAAGCGGCAAUCGAUUUCCGAUCCGCCCAGUUUGUCCCUUUCAGCUGUGCUGUCUCGUUUUUGUCUGUACCAAGAGUUGGAGCCGCGUCGAACUCGAGCGAAAGACAACGGCCAGUUUUCCUCCUUCCAAAAUAUGAGCAUCCUGAGGUCCGGAUUCUAUAUUUACUCAUUCUCGGACCAACUUAUCCGUGAGCUCCGAUAACAGUUCGGGGUUUUGUCUGGUCGAGGUUCCUUUUCUAGGGUUUUCUCUCACACUUCCAGGGGGAAAAUGCUGAAAUUUGGAGGGAGAUUUGAGGGGUUGGGGGAUAUAUACUGCCAACAAUGCCUGGACUCUGCCCGGAUUGUAUUCUGUGAAGAGGAAGAAGAAGAAGAAGAAGAAGAAGAAGAAGACGAGGCUCGUUACGAAAGGGAGGGUGAGAAAUGGAGGAAAAUCAAAGCCUCAUAGCUCGGCAGCAACGUGACCGUGGUCAUCCGGCCAACUCUAAUUACAAUGAGGAAGCUGAGAUUCUGUGGCGUUCUCUUGCCCCAAAUGCUGAAGUCGCCACCCCCAAAAAUGCAACUUCCUCAAACUCCUCUGGGGUUUGGCGAAAUCCUGGGAUAUCUGAGUCAGGCUCCCUUCUUCAGCCAAAAGAUGAUGAAUGUGGAGAAUUUGAUACAUUAGAUACACUGGCAGCAGAACUAUUUAAUGAUAAGAUCUCCAUUCAGAAGAAGCUAAAAUUGUUUAAUCGUCUUGCUACCAUUAAAGAAGAUGGAACUGUUCAAUUUGAAGUUCCUGGACAUAUAGAACCACGUAGCCUUGAACUUGAACCACAAGUUUUUCCUGAAGCUACGGACGAUGAAUCUGUUGAUACAGAUGAUAUGAAAGACAUACCACCCUUGCAAAUUGUGAUGCUUAUAGUUGGAACUCGAGGUGAUGUGCAACCAUUUGUUGCCAUUGGAAAACGUUUUCAGGAAGAUGGCCACAGAGUUAGACUGGCGACACACUCAAAUUUUAAAGACUUUGUAUUAGAUGCUGGUUUGGAGUUUUUCCCUUUGGGGGGAGAUGCCAAACUGCUUGCAAGCUAUAUGGUCAAGAACAAAGGAUUUUUUCCAUCUGAACACUCAGAAAUUAUGGUACAGAGGCAGCAAAUGCGAGAAAUUAUAUUCUCUUUGUAUGCGGCAUGCAAAGAUCCAGACCCUCAAACAAGUGUUCGAUUCAAAGCAGACGCUAUAAUUGCCAACCCCCCAGCAUAUGGGCACACACACGUUGCAGAGCUGCUGAAAGUGCCAUUACAUAUGAUCUUCACAAUUCCAUGGACGGCCACUAGUGAGUUCCCACAUCCUUUCACUCGUGUCAAGCAACCAGCUGCUUAUAGAUUAUCAUAUCACAUAAUUGACACACUUGUUUGGCUUGGAAUACGGGACCUGAUAAAUGAGUACAGGAAGAAGCAUCUGAAGCUCAGACCAGUCACAUAUUUAAGUGGAUCCCAGAGUUCACGCAUGAAGGUGCCUUUUGGAUAUAUAUGGAGCCCUCACCUUGUUCCCAAACCAAAGGACUGGGGGCCUAAACUGGAUGUUGUUGGCUUUUGCUUUCUUGACCUUGCGACAAAUUACGAACCUCCUACUGCUCUUCUGGACUGGCUUAGAAGCGGUGAUGCACCUAUCUAUAUUGGUUUUGGGAGCCUUCCUGUUGAAGAACCAGAGAAGAUGACCGAGGUGAUUGUCAGGGCCCUGGAAUUAACUGGCCAAAGGGGCAUCAUAAACAAAGGCUGGGGUGGAUUGGGGAAUCUGGCGGAACCCAAGAAGUAUGUGUACUCAUUGGAUUCUUGUCCUCAUGACUGGUUGUUCUUGAGAUGCAAGGCUGUGGUGCACCAUGGAGGUGCUGGAACAACAGCUGCCGGUCUCAAAGCUGCGUGUCCUACAACGAUAGUGCCCUUCUUCGGGGACCAAUACUUUUGGGGUGAACAGGUCCAUGGCCGAGGAGUAGGUCCAGCACCUAUUCCAGUUGACGAUUUCUCUACAGAAAAGCUCGUCUAUGCCAUCAAAUACAUGAUGGAUCCCAGGGUGAAACUGCGUGCAGUGGAAUUAGCAAAGGCCAUGGAGAACGAGGAUGGAGUCACAGGUGCGGUGAAAGCCUUCUAUAAACAUUUCCCCAUGAAAAAGAUAGAGUCCGCAAGUCAACCGGAGCCCCAUAAUACCAAGAAUCACUCGAGAUUUUCGAUUCGCAAAUGUUUCCGGAAGUCAUAGGUCCGCCGCAAUUUACAUUUUUGUAAAAAAAAAAUUCUUCCAGAUUGAGUGCUAAAAAAUUGUCUGUAUCAAUAUAUGGAUUCCCUUAGUGAUGGCAAUUUCAACUCGCCCCGCCGGUAUUAUCCGACCUGACCUGCGUUGGACCGGGUAUUACCCGACCUGCAGUAGUGUGGGGCGGGGCAUGUGUAUCUACUUCCGACCCGCUCUGUCCCGCCCCGCCCCUUUCUAGACUCAUUUUAUCUCAAUUUCUUACAAUAUUUAUACAUAUUUCUCUUAUUUUGAUUUUUCUUCAACUAGUUAGAGUCGAUCUUUCAACUUGUUAGACUCAAUUAUCCAUUCUAUUAUCAAUAUUUUUCAUUCUUAAAGUGUUUUUCCCUACGCUGCAUUGUAAAAAGUAAAAUUUACUUGUAUUUUUUUUGAACAUGUAAGAGUGGGUUGACCCGCCCGCCUCGUACCCGUGCGGGUUUUUCCUGCCCCGGCCCGUAGUAGCGUAGGACGGGGCAUGGGAAUUGAGGUACCCGUCCCGCCCCGCCCCAUUGACAUCACUAGAUUCCCUCCCAGAUAUGCAAUUCAACACCCCUAAAGAGGAUGAAAUAUUCACAGUUCACCACGUUUCGAUUUUGCUUGUGCAACCUAGACUGAAUCAAGACUACAGAUUUUGUCCUCCGACUAGGGAUGGCAAAUUACCCACCCAUGGGUAAUUAUACCCAAACCCAAGUAGACCCAUUGAUAAUGGGUUGGGUAUGGGUGAAGUACAUAUGAAUUUGGGGGUUUAUAGAAGGGUUUGGGUUUGGGGCUUCCAUAAUCUAAAUGGGUAUGGGUUGGAUAUGGAUAUCCAUUUACUUGAGGGUGUUUUAACUACACAUGCAAAAAUUGGACCUAUUUGCAAAACUUGAAAAGUUUAGGUACCAAAAUGUAAGGCCAAAAAAAUUUAGGUACCAAAACGUAAUUUUUCAUCGAUAUUUUGAGGACUUAUAUGCAAAAAAAAUUAAAUUUAGGUACUAAAUAUGCAUGUCUAUUAAGUUUGGGUACCAAACUGUAAUUUGUAUUUGGGCAUGGGUACAAACCCAAAUCCAUUUGAUAUAAACCCAACUCAACCCAAAAUAAAUGGGUAUGGGUACAAACCCAUCAAACUUUACCCAUAUCCAUCUAUUUGGAUUUCAUACCCAACCCAAUUGGGUUGGAUAGUAAGAAACCCAUGGGUAUGGGCAAAGUUGCCAUCCCUACCUUCGACUAAGGUUCUUCUGAUUCCUCGUUGAACAAAUGUCAAAUUUAAUUGAGUUGCUAAGUCUCCUAACAUAUAGGAGAAAUGUAUCCAUUGAGGGGGACAAUCGGAUCAAUCCCACCAGAGAUCUGCCUAACCAAAACAGUUGGUAUUUGACUCUUUCUGACCUAGCCAACGAGAUAAAUCCCCAUAUUGGAAAAAUCUGUAAAGAAAAUAAUAGGGAUGGGUAAGGGUGAGUUUUGGUAUUUGAGAAAUACGAUUGUAUCAGAUUUACCAUUAUUUGGUAUUAUCGAAUGAUUUUUUAGGGAUUGGGUUGGUUUUGAGGUGUUAUUAGGCAUUUGGAAUUACAUGAUUGAGAUCUGUAUAUACCGAAUCGAGAAUUUAUAAUUAAUUAGAUAUAGCUCGAAGCGGUUAAAAGCAAGGUUGUCGACCCGAGGUUCAACCCGUUGUUUAGCCCUUUUUAACCCUGACACAGUGAGAAAAACGAUCCACGGGUGGUUCCACUACAAGGUUUCUGAAUUGGAGGUCACACGACUUAGUUUUUUUCCUUUGCUUAGCGAAACACGCUUCUUUUAUGUUCUUCCUCUUCGCCUAACCUUAUCUUUGGAAUUGUAAGUUGAACAUUUGACUAUUGAUGUUAUAUAAGUGUGUGUGAAUUUUUACUAUAUAUGUUGGAUUCAAGUACAAUAUGUUAUUUUGGUGUAAUGUUAUUAGUCAUAUAACUAUUUAAUAUAAUUUAUAAAUGUAU